CUUUUUAGUUGUUUGAUUGCUUUUCUUAUCUGGUGUCCUGCUUCACCUGAAAAACCUGAGUUUUAUCAACUUCCCAUUUGCUCUUUUUUGUUUGGAAAUACUUGAUAUUUGAUUUUAAAGGAGAAAUUUCCAUUACGUGGUCUGGUUCCGGAUUCUUAGGAACUUGAAUUAGUUACAACAGAAAAAAAAUCCAUCUCCUAUCCAUGUCUUUGUGGUUUUGGCAUUUGGAAUUCUCUUUGGUGUUUAAUUGUUAACAAGAGGGAAGAAGCAAUGGGAAACUGUGUGCACACUUCGUCAAGGGUUGAGAGCUCUCAUAUCCCUCACAAUUCUUCUGAGCCUUCAAAAUUCACAGGCAAAACAAAUAUUAGUUCAGUGUCUUCGAUUUUGACGGCUCAUUAUAGUUCCAAAAGUACUUGUGACAAACUUCCUAGUCCACGAACUGAAGGCGGGAUAUUGUCAUCGUCAAAAUUGAAGAUCUUCACAUUCAAUGAACUGAAGAAUGCCACAAGAAAUUUUCGCCCAGAUAGUUUUAUUGGUGAAGGAGGAUUUGGCCGUGUCUUCAAAGGUUGGAUAGAUGAGCAAACUUUUGCUCCCUCGAAGCCUGGAUUCGGUCUGGUUGUUGCUGUCAAGAGGCUGAAAACAGAGGGUUCCCAAGGACACAAGGAAUGGUUGGCUGAAGUCGAACAUCUUGGUAAACUUCACCAUCCGAAUCUUGUUAAGCUCAUUGGUCACUGUCAAGAGGGUGAUCAUCGACUUCUGGUUUACGAAUUCAUGCCGAAAGGCAGUUUGGAGAAUCACUUAUUUAGUAGAGGUGCUCAACCACUUUCUUGGGCAAUUAGGAUAAAAGUUGCUAUAGGUGCAGCUCGGGGGCUCUCAUAUUUGCAUAACGCAGAGCCACAAGUUAUAUAUCGAGAUGUUAAGGCCUCAAAUAUUUUACUUGAUUCGGACUUCAAUGGCAAACUUUCGGAUUUUGGUUUAGCAAAAGCUGGUCCUACUGGAGAUCGAACUCAUAUCUCCACGCAAGUCAUGGGUACUCAGGGAUAUGCAGCUCCGGAGUAUAUGGCCACAGGCCGACUUUCUGCAAAGGCUGAUGUCUACAGCUUUGGGGUUGUGUUGUUAGAGCUCUUAUCCGGCCGUAGUGCUCUUGACAAAAACAAAAUUAGUACUGAGCAGAAUCUAGUAGAGUGGUCAAAAACAUACCUCUGUGACAAACACAAGUUGUUCCGUAUCAUGGACACCAAAUUGGAGGGCCAGUAUCCUAAGAAAAGCGCCUUUGCUGUCGCUAGUCUCGCCCUCCAGUGCAUCAGUGGAGAAGCUAAACUCCGGCCUCGCAUGUCGGAGGUUUUAGCAACAUUGGAACAGUUACAAGACCCAAAAGGCUUGGCAAAACUACAAUUCCAUGCAACUAGAGAUGCAGUAAAUACGUAUUAUGACAAAGCAACCAAACGUCACUAUUCUGCGAUGAAAUCACCGAUGAGACGUCAACCUGCACCACAUUAUUCAACUCCAUCAGUAUCUCCAUUGCCUCCAAAUCGGUAUUCUCCUCGGUAUUCUCCCCAUCUUCACUGAAUAAAAAUCACAAUGAGUCUGAGUUAUUGUAUAUUAUUUGUCACCCAUUCAAGAAUGCAUCACUUGAAUUUCUUCAAUCAUUCUCUUGUUUUUUUUAGCAAUUUUUGUGUAUAAACUGUUGCGCAUUCACUACUUUUAUUAUGUGAAAAUUGAAAUUAUGUGUGUAUAUAUUAUACUUAAUUAAACCUAGAUCAUGGGAUCAGAAUUUGGCUAUUUAAA